AUGGAUAAAGUACCUGUUGCCACACAUUCGUUAUUCUCAACUAUUGCAGCUUUUAAUGGACUGAAUCUCUCUGAAUGGAAGGAGCAAAUCGAAUUUUACCUUGGGGUAAAGGAUUUGGAUUUAGCUCUUAGAGAAGAUAAACCCAGUGCUAUUAUUGCUGAAAGCAAUGAGGAUGAGAUAGUCCAUUUUAAGAACUGGGAAAGAUCCAAUAUGAUGAGUCUGAUGUACAUGCGAAUGAGCAUUGCAAGCAAUAUUAAGUCAACUCUUCCACAAACUGAAAGUGCUAAAGAAAUGAUAAGACUUGUGGAAGAGUGCUCCCAAACUACUGACAAGUCUCUUGCUGGGACACUUAUGAGUACAUUGACCACCAUGAAGUCUGAUGGUUCACGUACUAUGCAUGAGCAUGUUGUUGAAAUGACAAAUAUUGCAGCAAGACUAAAGUCAUUGGGAAUGGAUGUGGAUGAAAAUUUUCUGGUGCAGUUCAUUUUGAACUCAUUACUAUCUGAGUAUGGUCCUUUCCGAAUGAACUAUAAUACCAUGAAAGACAAAUGGGAUGUGCAUGAAUUGCAUAAUAUGCUAGUUCAAGAGGAAACCAGAAUUAAGAACCAGGGAAUUCAUUCCAUCAAUUAUGUGAAACAUCAAGGAGCUAAAAAGAAAAAUGGUAAGAAACAUUAG